AUGCUUCAUGGCGGGGCGCUGCGGAGUGCGUGGCUCUUUGCUGCCAGUGUGCCGACGCCGUCGCCACCCGAAACUGCGGCAGCAGCAAUGUGCGAGCUCUCUGAGGGCAACGGGUACGUCGUCGUGCCAAAGUGGCUGCCUGCCGCCGCCAAACGCCACCGAGUGCGGGCCAACCAAGAGUCGGCCGACAUCAUCGCGCAGCUCGCGGGGAAGGCGGAGACCGCGACGCUAGCCGCCGGCAGGGUGCACAAGCAGCGCGCCUUCGCCAAGCCGGCGCUCGUGGCCGCGCUCCGCCGCUCGCUCGGGCAGUACGCCUUCACACCCACCGCCUCGUACAGCUCCGACGGGGCGGUCGACGACCUGCGCAGCGCGUACACCGCGCGGCCAGACGUGGAGGAGGCCGCCUUCGACGCGCUCUACGGGCAGCUGCUCGAGGCGCGCGGCGACCUCGAGGCGCUGCUCGGCCGUCCCCUCUCCCGCGGCGUCGAGGCCACCUUCGUCGUCUACGAGCCGGGAUGCUUCUACAGGAGGCACGUCGACUCGCUCGCGGGCGUCGACCCGGCGGGGAGCGGCGGGCGCGCUUACUCAUUCGUCGUCUAUCUGACGGGCGAGCAGCCGUGGCAGCCGAGCGACGGCGGCGCGCUGCGCGUGUUCUGUGACGCCCUGGGCGAGGAGGUGGAGGAGGAGGUGCUGCCCGCGGCGGGGCUGCUGGUGCUCUUUGAUAGCAAGCGGGUCUCGCACGAGGUGAUGCCGACGAGGCGGCAGCGCACCUGCCUCGUCGGUUGGUUUCGCGAGGAAGUGUAA